CUCCCGGCGGUGCCGCUGCCCGCUCGGCCCGGCCCGGAGCGCUGGCGGCACACGGGCUGCGGGAGCGGGGUCCGUGCGGAGCCCCGGCGCUGCAGAAGAGCCAGGCUGGGCCUUGGACCCACUGGCAUGUGCGCUGAGGAACGGGAGGCGUGCAGGGAGAGCUUCCCCGCUGAGCCUGUGCCAGCGCUAACGAAACCCGGGAAUUUGAAGCAGGGGAGCCUAACUGAGGUUUACAAGAUGAGAGUAGUUAAUGAGUCCCUAGAGAGUCACCGGAGUGUUGAUGACGGGCUGGCACCUGGCAGGAUACAGCGAGAGAAAAAGCGCUCGUACAAGGAUCUUCUGCAAGAGGAAGACGAGAUAUCGACUCAGGACACUGAGUUUUUUCCGGGGACAGAAGCCCACAAAAAGAAGAGAAAGCAUUCCUCCGAUGAGUUCUGCUACAGAGGUGUCUCGCCUUUGGAUCUACCAUCAAAGAAAAAGAAAAAAACAGCUUCUAGCCCAUCCUCAGCUGAUACAACCAUGGAUUUACUUAAGGCUAUCAACUCACCUUUGGCCACAAGCUCAAAGUCUUCAAAGAAGACCUCCGAAAAAUCAUCUCAUUCUUCCUCUGGCCAUUCUGAAAGCAGAAAGGAGCAUCCCAAGAAGAAGCUGAGUGGGAGCAGUGGGGAGCACUCAGUGGAUGACAGCAGCUCCCACAAAUCUAAAAAAAUGAAACCUCUUUAUGUGAACACAGAGACACUUACUCUUCGUGAACCUGACGGCUUGAAGAUGAAGCUCAUCCUUUCACCAAAAGAGAAAAGUAGUGCAGCAGAUGAUGAUUCUUUAUCCUACUCUUCAGCACCAGCAGCUGUAAAGAAAUCUUCAAAGAAAUCAGCUCGAGAUGAGCAAGGCUCAUUCCUGCUGGGGCACGAUCUGCAGAGCUUCCUGAAGUCAUCCCGGAAAAAGCACAAACCACCUCUAGACUCACAUCCACCUUCUGAGACUUUUGGUGCUGACACCUCCCUUCAUUCAGAGGGCCAUGGAAGCGAGUAUGAGGUUUCAGGUAUGGAGGCACCGCCAGAAUCUGGUUCUUCUUCUGGUGGAGAGUUGGAGGCUGGAGAGUUGGUGAUAGAUGACUCCUACCGGGAAAUUAAGAAGAAGAAGAAGUCCAAAAAAAGUAAGAAAAAAAAGGACAAGGAGAAACACAGAGAGAAGAAGCAUUCCAAGUCUAAAAAGAGUUCUGGGCACUCUCCUGUGGCAGUAGCAGAAGUAAGAGUGUCACCACCACCUGCCAGUACCCCCUACGUUGUCCCUCCACCUCCUCCUGCUGUUUUUCACUCAGAUGGUCAAGGUGAGAAGAGGAGGAAAAAGGAAGACAAGGAGAAGGAGAAGGACAAGGCUGAGAAAUGGGAAAAGGAAAAGGAAAGAGAGAAGGAGAAGGAAAGAGAAAAAGAAAAGGAAAGAGAGAAGGAAAAGGAAAGAGAAAAAGAAAAGGAAAGAGAGAAGGAGAGGGAAAGAGAAAAAGAAAAGGAAAGAGAAAAAGAAAAGGAAAGAGAAAAGGAAAAGGAAAGAGAAAAGGAAAAAGAAAGAGAAAAAGAAAAGGAAAGAGAACGAGACAAACCAAAGAAGAAAAACAUGUCUGCUUAUCAAGUGUUCUGUAAGGAAUAUCGUACAACUAUUGUGUCUGAGCAUCCUGGAAUAGAUUUUGGAGAGCUAAGUAAAAAACUGGCAGAAGUGUGGAAGCAGCUACCUGAGAAGGAUAAACUGAUCUGGAAACAGAAAGCUCAGUAUCUCCAACACAAGCAGAAUAAAGCAGAGGCCACCACUGUGAAGAGAAAGGCAUCAUCUUCAGAUGGUGCACCAAAAAUGAAAGCUUCUCCAACAGGAGUGGUUUCUCCUCACAAAAAAUCCCCCACCAGCACCGUGGUGGUGCCUUCCUCACCAGCCAAAGCCCCUGAGACAGACCCCAUUGAUGUAGCUGCGCAUUUACAGUUACUGGGUGAAUCUCUGAGCCUCAUUGGACACAGACUGCAGGAAACAGAGGGAAUGGUGGCUGUUUCUGGAAGUUUGUCAGUACUCCUAGAUUCAAUCAUCUGUGCUUUGGGCCCGUUGGCGUGUCUGACCACACAACUGCCUGAGUUGAAUGGCUGCCCAAAGCAUGUUUUGUCAAACACACUAGACAACAUUGCCUACAUCAUGCCUGGACUUUGAUGGGAAAGGAUCCUGGGAUGUACUCAACCUCUGUGUAACUGACUUGUGUACGUGCACUAUGCCGGCGCUCCUGAAGGGCUCCAUGUGGAGGCUUUUAAAGUUUAUAUAUGUACAGUAUAUACAUAGGAUUGUAACUAUUUUACUUCUAUUUUAUAAAAAGUUGUGAAGUUAAGCUGAGAAAACCCUUUUGUGUUGGUGGGUGAAAUGUCCUCCAAUCUGAAAAUAUUUUGUAUGAAGAAUUCAGAAAGCUUUUGAGAUAUUUGCCUUAAAUUCAGAUUUACUGGGGGAAGCAAACAGAGAAUGGACUUCCCGAUAUAAACAAGAAAGCUGUCACCAUGAGAGGGGUCACUGAAACAGGUGGCCCAGAGAGGUUCUUGACUCUCCUUCCUUGAUGAUAUUCAAAAACGGAAUGAGCAGCCUGCUCUUGUUGGACUUGCUUUAAGAAGGGAGAUGGACCAGAUGAUCUCCUGAUAUCCCUGCUUAAACUAAAGUAUUCUGAUAUUCUGUGGGCAGGUAGAGAUGAUACAUUUUGGACCAGGGAAUAGAACUGAAUUCUUCACCAGCCCUAUCUGUAACUCUUUCUGUUUAAAACACACUUCUUGAGGGGAAAGCUGGAUAGCUUUUUGCCUCUUGGUCACUUUCUCCAACCCCUACUCCUCAAACAGUAAUAACUGAAAGUUGAUAUUAUCGGCUGUCUGGUCUGGUAUCUGGUAUUUGAAGUGAAGUAGAUGACAAGAAGUUUAUUUUUUCCUUAUGGACUCAUACUCAAAUCAUCAUUAGCACAAUGUAUCAACCCAUUGCAUUGGCUUGAGAAAAUGAACCUCGUGCUGAUUUUUCCGCAGCAUGGUCAGCGUACUUUGAUGGAAAGGAGUAGAGAAGCAGAUGGGAAAAACUUGAAUUGCUUCUUGCCCAUAUUGCACCUGUUUUGUGAAAUGGCUCGUCCCCCAUCUCUCUCACCAGCACUAUUGCAGGAGCUUUGGUGCUGCUGCAAGGCAGUGACCAGUGGCCAGUUUGAAGCAGUUACGGCCAAGUCAGGCACAUGUGGGUUGAUUGGACCGGUUUCCCUUCUUUCCAGCCACAUACCUGGAGUUUGGUUUUCUGCUCCUCUGGAAGAGGAGCAGCAGGAGAACACUUGAUUCCUGUUUAGGCUUUUGUCUGUGUGUAUGUAUGUGUAUGUGGUGUUCAUAUCACAUGUAUUUAACUUUUACCAAUAUCUGUAACAGAUUUUAAUUUAUCCUGUAUAUUUCUCUGUGUGUGUGUAUAUAUAUUUAUAUAUAUACAUAAUUUAAAAGCAAAAAUUCCUCCCUCAGCCAACAGUGCGUGAAAAAUGUGAAUCAAGUUUUUUCUCAGCUCACUUCCUGCAGGAAUCAACUCUAUGUAUAGUAGUAAGCAUGGGCAUUGUGUAAAGAAGCACCAGGAAGAUUCUAGGAGUUUGUGGAAACAGGCUAUCUUGUGAAGGUGGGCAGAACAACUGAAAUAUUAUUUGACUCAGGCCUUAUCACCUCUGUAACAGGAAAGUUUUAAAAUAAAAGAAGAGGCAUUUUUUACUUCCAAGUAAAUCUAGCUUCUGUUUCUUAGGACAGUUGAAAGUGAGCUGUCCCUCAUUGUGGCUGAGCCCCAAAUCAGAAGUAAAUUAAAUCCUGGGGUGUGGAGGGUUCUUCUCCCCAUGCAUCUUUGCCGCGUAUUCCCCAGAUGUGCCUCUACAAGGUAGUCUGUCUCUUACAGAUCUUUUCUCAGUGCAGUGAGGGGUUUUCUCAGCAGAGGAGGCACAGAAGGCUCUCAGACCAUCAGGCCAGAACCCGCUUUAACAGCUUAGGACAAAUCCCAAUGGGCCUGGAAACAGGAAGGGCCCAGGAGGGAGGCAGUCCAAUCCUGCUUCAGAUCUUAGCCUAUAGUAAAGCAUCUGCUGUUGUGAGCAGCACAAAAUAACCAGCUCUUUCCAGCCCUUCAGAGUUGAGAGCAUUUUGGUGAAGAGGUAGAUCUGCUUUUGAAGAAACAGAAGGGGAUCAACUUUCGCUUUGUCCUCUGUACAACUGAAAACUCUUGAAGAGUGAAAAACACACAGGACCCUGGUGUAUUGUAUUUUUAUUAAAAUUUGUACACUUUGUAUAAUCUGUAUCUUGUGGUAUUUGGUACUGUAGGGAAACUUUGUCAAGACUUAGCAGUUUUUAUAUUUUUGUUAUUUCUUUGCUGUUUGGUCCAGAUUACAUUACAAUUAUACACAGACUUUUUUGUACUGUACUUACAAUAUAAUUUUUUUUUCAA